GCUCGCGCCCGCUCGACCCGCGAUGCCGUUGCUCAUCGACGAGGCCAUGGGCGCCUUGAAGGACAAGGACAUGACCUACUCGGAGUUGGACGCGGCCGCCGUGUCCAGCAAGGCGGCGGGGGACAUUGACGGGCCCAUCGACGUCGGUACUUUUACCCGCGGUGCUCUGCGGAAGCUGGGCGAGGUGAGGGUGACCAGGUCUCUCUUCGACGUCGUGGAAGAGUUUCCGAUGCCGGAGAAUCUGGACCAGGUCAUGGAGCAGAUCGCGGGGCAGACGUACACCGACGUGCCGCCUGGUCUUCGCCCAGGCGCUGAGCUCCCCGAAGGCAUCAAAUACUCCGUUGUCGUUGGUGGCAACGGCAACGGCGCCGCCGUCGCCGUCAAGAUCUACGCGUUCCAGAACCAGGUGCCCUUGAAGACCGCACAGGAGCUCGUGAUCGGGACUGGGCAUGCUCCAAUAGCGAGAAAAGGCCCAUGGCUCCACAAGAAAACCCUGCAGUGGUUGCUUGAUCGCAUCCCUGGCCGCCGCGUCGAUUGGGCAAGCGCGGAGGAGAAGCAACGGGCGAAACCGACAGACGGCGAAAAGAAGAGAUGGGAGGCCACGGACGAGGAGCCCGAAGAGGGCAUUGACUUCAUCAACAAGCACGCGCCCGCCGUGAACGACAUGAACCAGCAGUGGCUCUUCAUUGAGAAGAACAUCAAGCCGAGCAGCGGGUCCAAUAUUGCGGGGUGGCCGCGGGCUAAAGUUGCUAACGCAGUGCACAACCGAGCGAAGGCAGCAACGGGGUGCGCCAAGGUUGAGCGCUCGUUCCCCCUGUGCGUGUUCGACUUGCACCCGCUGUGGCCAGAAGUGUUGCUUCCGUGCGUCUUCCCGCUCCUAUCGCAGUUUGGACUCCUCUUCUUUGGCUUGCCUGGCAUCGGCAAGACGCCCACUUUCAUCGCGCUCGCCAUGGCCAUGGGCCGCUACACUGCGGCGCGCUCGGGCGGUAAUCUACUCCCUGGAUGGCGCCGCAGCAAGUCGAUGGACGGCUUCAAGUCCAGCCAGGGGACAGCGAGCGAGGGCACUCUCCUCGACGACCCUGGCAUGUGGCAUCUCUCGAUCGAUGACCUGAAGUCCUUCUUCGACGCCGCAGAGGACACCUUCGCCAGGGCCAGGUGCAACGACGCCAAGUUCGCGAAGAACUCAGCGCAGUGCUUGGCGGAGAAUGAGUUCGAUGAGAAGGACGAACCGCCCGCGGAUGACCGAACCAUUAUCACCGCGGCCGAGGCUGAGAAGCUGUUUAUGAAGCCGUUCUCGGGGUGGAAGCAGGCGCAUGUCCUCGCGGUGCUCAAGCGCGCCGUCGCGUGCGUCGCUGGUCGCCACUCCAUGUACCUUCGUUUUCCCAGCAGCGACCCCGACGCGGUGGUCCACCGCAUCAGCUUCGACAACAUCGAGAAGGACUGGUUGCGCGACAAGCAGUACUGGGGCAAUGACAACAAGAAGUACUACAACCUCUACAAGCAGGGCAUGGAGGUGUUCUACGACAACUUCGACGAGCAGUCGCAGAGGGAGCAGGACUUGAUCGACCGUGCCGUGACCGCGCGCGGGGACAGGCUGGCCGACGCCUACAUCGCCGAGUGCAACGAGUCCUUGCAGGCCAAGCUGCUCUCCGUCAUGGAGUUGUCCUCCAGGCUGAGCGCGGCGCCGCCGCGCCCCGAGGCCGAGGCCAGCGACGGGGCCUCCAUGUUCAGCGCGGCGCCGCCUAGCCCCGAGGCCGAGGCCAGCGGCGGGGCGAUCGCUCUCCACGUGCGCCCAGAUGGAGACGGGAGUUACGUGUUCCCGACGGGGCCGCAGGUACCGCGCACCGGCACCAAGCGCAGCCGGUGCCGCAUCGACGGCGUGGGGGCGAGGGGGGUGCGUCCGAGGGGCUCCCCGCCGUCGCUUGUCGAGGGCCAGCCCGACAUCCUGGCCGUGGAGCUGGGGGCGAUGCUCGAGGCCGAGGGCUUGGCCACGCAGCCUGGCGUCGAGGCAAGCCCGCAGGCAUCUGGCGAUUUCUUCGGCUCGAGCGCGCUGCGCUUGCCAUCUCUGCAGUCGUUCAAGAAGUUGCGGCGCCAGCGCUCCAAGCUGCACUCGGCUGGCCACAGCGAGAAGCGCGCCAUCGCGUUGCAGGCCAAUUUGGAGAAGAAGACCUGUUCGCGCGGGGCCGAAGGCUCGGUUGCAGCCCGCGAGGAGCUGGUCCAAGCGGGCUUCCUCGCUUGGGCACCUCUUCGCUGCCCGACAUGCGCGAGGGGAUACCUUUCGGGCGCCCCGUGCAGUCGGGCCAGGGGCGGUGCCACCAACAAGGACUUGCUCUACUUCCGCUGCAACGAUUGGGGGUGCCACUGCUACCACAGCGUCAUGAAGUUCUCGAAGAUCCCGUACAAGCUGAUCGGGCAGUUGAGCUGCGUCCAGCUGAGAUCGCUCCUCGAAUCCUAUACGGACGCGGCGGGCCAGGGCAGCGCCAGCGCGCGGAAAGCUGCCAAGUCGGCAUGCUGCGGGUACAAAGUCGCGUACCGCCUGUACAGGCAUCUGCGCGGCUUGGAGGCGGACGCAGGGGACAAGGAUAACGAGUCGAUGCAGCUCGGCGGGGAGAUCGAGCCCAUCCGCAACAUCGAGGGCGACGGCACGCUGGUCAGGAAGAUCAGGGUGAGCAGCAAGAGCACGACGUGGCGGACCGAGAUCGCAGAGGCGAAGAAGAGGACGAUCGCAUACCUGAGGCUGAAGGCAUGCAGGGCGAAGAAGCGGUCCUGCAAGUUCGUGGAGCCCAAGCGCUACAUGGUCCACGUCCGCUACGUGGGGCUUUGUGAGCGAGGUGGCAAAGUGACCGUUGCCCCACUUCCUGUCCGCGUGGUGCCGCCUGGCACGGCGCCGCCGCCCGAGGCGCAGGGCGAGGUUCUCAAGUCGGGCAUCAUGAGCAGACUGGUGAGGAAGAAGAAGGUGUUCCUCUUCUCCGACGGCGCACUGGCCUGGCCCAAGGUCGUCGAGCAGCAGAACAAGGCAGGCCGCAACAUCGCGCUGUCGGCGGUGGUGCACCAGAAGCGGCAGUACACGAAGUUCAUUGCCAAGAAGAAGAGGGGGCAGUCCCGCCUGGCUGGCACGCAGGCAAUGGACUCACGGUGGAAGUACAUGAAGUCGUACAUCCCGCGGACCCUGAAGGCCGCCACGGGUCGCGCCGUGAACCCUGAGCUGCGCACAUACAUCACGUCGUGGCAGUGGAGGCAGAACUUGACAUGCACGGGCGCCGCGCUGUGGGAGAGCGUGGCCAGCCUGGUGGGGGCGUCGUAG